AUCCGAAAAUCGUCCAUCCUGGUAUAUUCGAAAAUAUUCAAAGGAAAAUCGCAUUUAAUAUUUAACCAUAAGAAAUUUUUGUGAACCUCAAAAGUGAAAAAAGAAUGUUCGCCAAAUUGAUUGCUUGUUUCUUAUUAAUACAUUGAAAUGAGUCCAUCAAAACCAUUACAAAAGAAACAGGAAUAUCUGUAUGAAGAGGGACUACGUGAAAAUUGGAAAGAAAAUCGUCCUGUCAAAUGUACGCAAUGUCGCAAGUUUCAUGAAGGCCAUCAAAGUGGUGAGGAGAGUCAAUUGCCGGAGAUAAAAACAUCAGAGGAAUCAUUCAGUGUAGUUAAUUCCGAAGGGAAUACUGAGGAGUACGUGCAAGAGGAAGAGCAUCAAUCAGUGGAAUAUCCUUAUCACAUUUGUGACCGACGUCGAGAAAUGAAGCCAUACGCAGAGGUGGUCCUCGCGGAAUUGAAGGAGCUCCAAUGGCGUCGGGAUCUUCUGGAACGUCAUUAUACUGAUGGAAUUAAUAAAAUAAUGAAUGAUUAUUUCUUCGGAGAUCGAAAAUUCACCACUGGUCAUCCAAUGAUUACUUCUGGAAAUCAAGAACGAAUGAGAGCUGGUGGUCUCAAAAAGAACCAGUCUCCUGGGAUACGCUUAGAAUGCGGUUGUAUACACAACUGUGAGAAAACUCGCCAAAAAAUUUUAUCAAACUCAACCCGUUUUCCAUCAACAUCAGUCAAUUACUCCAGCGAAUGUAAGACAAGAUGCCCUUCAAGAUCCGAAGCUCUUCGUUCUUCCUGAAAUACUCCACUAUACCCCUGUUUGAAUUGAAUAAUACAGAAAACAAUAUGACAACCUCACAUCUCUUUCAAUUUUUCUUCUAUCGUUGCAAACUUCGCGUUUAGAUCAUUUCUGAAUGAACCUUCAACCUCAAAAUUUUGACUAAUAUAAAUACAAAAUUACUAUGGACAUAGAUGAAACAAUUUCUCGACUCAGUUUAACUUUAGUUAAAGCCGUUAUUCAUUACGUUGCAUAUCGACUAGUAGUAUUUAUCCUUUUUCGUGCGAAAAAUGCAUUGGUUAAUUAUUUAAAAACUGUUUUUGAGCCUGUGAGUAAAAAAAGAUCAAUUGGUACAUCAAGCGCAGAGCUAUACCUCCCACAUAAAAAUCGAUCUGAGUGAUGUCUCCUUUUACGUCAAAAGUUCUUGUUUGAGUCCAUUGAGUCGAAAUGUCUGGCACGAUAAAUCCCUUUGCAACAACAAAUCAUGACGAAUUCGUUUGGCCUCAUCCAUUGCCUUCAAAAAUCACACCAAAAUUACCACCUAAAAAUUCUCAUAGAAGACCCUUCAUGUCUAGGAUGGACCCAGACGAAUGCGAAUGUCCUGUCCACAACAUGGACACUUCUCUUAGCAGAUACAAAAAAUUAGCUAUAAAAGAAAAGAAUCUCUGCAAAAACAUAGCACAAGUUAAUCAACAAAUGACGACAUUGCUGUCCCACAUGUUGGAAAAUGCCGACUCCUCAGAAGAUGUGAUGCAAAGUGUGUAUCAGUCAGCUUUCGAUGGAAACCAAGUGCUCUCCAUGAAAUACAGGCCAUUGAUGGCAGCAAUAGAUGCACCAGUAAAUUCACCAAUUGUCCCUGUAAUUUCUGAACUCAAAACUGGAUACAGAGAUCCAAUUAGAUUCCGAUACAGUCCAGUAGAGAUCCCUGUUAUUGAACCAGCUGACCCGGUUGAUUUUUGUCGAGAACCUGAGCAAUUGUCCACGUGGUUCACACCUUUCACAGGCAGAUCUGUGUACAUGGACACAUUCAGUAAACUUGGUCUUAGCAAUAUGAAAAAUCAACAGCAGUACAGGGAACCUCUGCCAUCGUCGAGAAGACGAUGGGGAGAUUGCAAGCUUUAAAUUUUUUUUUCAACCAUUCAAUAUUGUGUGAAUAUAGCUUCUUUCUGACAACAAAUGCUCGAUGAAAAUGAAAAUUAACCUUCAUUAAAAAAUAUUUAGAUACGAAAAUCAAAAGUGUCAGACGACAAUGAAUGAUAUUUUCAAAUCUGAAUAUAAUUCCAAAUACUCAACCCUCCACCUUCCAGGAAAAUCACAGAGCAACAGAUUGAUCAGCAGCUCGCUGCUUCUUGGACACUCAGCGGCGAUCAAGCUGAGAAACUAAUUAAAAAAUUAUACUUAGAGAGAUU